AAACGUCAUGUGGACUGACUGACAGCAAGGUUCUUGUUGCCAUGGAGACGCUGGCCAAACAUCUGUCCAAAUGUCAACAUCUUGGCUGGAUGGAUGUGAUUGAGCUGAAGCGCGCCUCCUUCCAUUGGCUGUCAUGUGGCCAGAGGGCGGAGCCUAACACGUGGAGCAAGAUGUUCUGCAUCCUUUCCGACUGUCAUCUACUGUUGCUGGACAACCUGGAGGUUCAUCCUCUGCUCCUGUCGGAGAGGGCGGAGACUUGUACGGUGUGGCUGCUAAGACACACCCUCCACGUGAACGCCGCCCACAAAGGUGAGGGCAGCCGGGGCACACGGCACGCCAUGGACGUGGAAGACCAGAUGGCCUGGCGCCAACAUGGCGCCCCGUCUCUUCCCGACCGUGCAGCGCGGCGACAGAGCGUGCUCAGUAGCGCCGCCUUGGACACACCCGGCGCCAAAGUGACGGGCUUCCUGUCCAGGACGUUGAAGCAGUCUCUUCGGAGAACUCGCUCCCACCCCAAAGUGUUUCGCCAGAGCAGCGUCAACAUGGCCGACGGCAGGCGUGUGAUGCGGCGUCUGCGUUGCGGCAGCCAGGAGUCACUCUUAGGCGCAGGGGGCGUGGCCUCUUUGGAGCUGAAGAUGGACCAAUCGGUGAUCAUCAAGCCAGUCCAUCCGUCCCUGCUGGGCCAGGACUUCUGCUUUGAGGUAACCACCUCCACGGGGACCAAGUGCUUCUCGUGUCGCUCGGCGGCGGAGCGAGACAAGUGGAUGGAGAACCUGAGGCGAGCGGUGCAGCCCAACAAAGACAACAGCAGACGGGUGGAGAACCUCCUCACGCUGUGGGUGAUCGAGGCCAAGGACCUGCCUGCCAAGAAGAGGUACUUCUGCGAGGUGUGCCUGGACGACAGUCUGUACGCCCGCACGUCGUGCAAGAUGAAGACGGACAACAUCUUCUGGGGCGAGCGCUUCGACUUCGUGAGCGUGGCGGCCGUGGGCGCCGUGACGCUGCACAUCUACAAGGACACGGACAGGAAGAGGAAGAAGGACAAGAGCAGCUACGUGGGCCUGGUCAACAUCCCCGUCGUCACGGUGACGGGAAGACAGCUGCUGGAGAAGUGGUACGCAGUGAGCAUGCCCAGUACCAUCAGAGCCAAGUCGAGCGUGCCGACGGUGCGGGUGAAGGCUCGCUACCAGAGCGUGGUGAUCCUGCCCAUGGAGCAGUACAAGGAGUUUGCAGAGUUCAUCAGUGCCAACUACCUGCUGCUCUGCAACACUCUAGAAGCUUCCAUGGGCCUGAGGGCCAAGGAGGAGCUGGCUGCGGUGCUGGUCCACAUCCUGCACAGCACCGGCAAGGCCAAGGACUUCUUGACAGACUUGAUGAUGUCAGAGGUGGACCGUUACCGUGACAACGAUCAACUGAUCUUCAGAGAAAACACCCUAGCAACCAAAAGCAUCGAAGAAUACUUGAAGCUGAUUGGACAGAAGUACCUGCAGGAUGCACUGGGUGAGUUCAUCAAGGCUCUGUACGAGUCAGACGAGAACUGCGAGGUGGACUUGUCUCGCUGCGUGACCUCGGACUUGGCGGAGCACCAGGCCAACCUGAGGAUGUGCUGUGAACUGGCCUUCUGCAAGAUCCUGGACUCUUACAGAGUGUUCCCCCGGGAGCUGAAGGAGGUGUUUGCGUCAUGGCGACAGGAGUGCGGUAACCGGGGGCGACCGGACAUCAGCGAGCGCCUCAUCAGCGCCUCGCUCUUCCUGCGCUUCCUGUGUCCGGCGGUGAUGUCGCCCUCGCUCUUUGACCUCAUGCAAGGCUACCCGGACGAGCGCACGGCCCGCACGCUGACGCUCAUCGCCAAGGUCAUCCAGACCCUCGCCAACUUCAGCAAGUUCGGCUUGAAGGAGGAGUACAUGCUGUUCAUGAACGACUUUGUGGAGCGUCAGUGGAGCAGCAUGCAGCGUUUCCUGCAGGAGAUCUCACACCCUGAUGGACUCAACCACACCGCCGGCUUUGAUGGAUACAUAGACCUGGGCAGGGAACUGUCCACUCUGCACACCUUGCUCGCUGACCUGGACCAGUCGUGUCUGUCAAAGCUCAGUCCACUUCCACGGAUCCUAAGAGACGUGUCUGCAGCGCUGGCCAACCCAGGGGGCGGAGCUUAUCCCGGCAAAGUAUCGGCGUCCUCUCCAGAGCUCCAGCGCCUGGUGUCUCCUCCCCCUUUGUCUCCGCCCCUUUCUCCUCCUCUGGCAGCCUGCAAUCCCUCACUUGGCCAGCAGUGUGGGGUCGGAGCGGAUGGGGGGCUGGUGGACUUCACCAGGCUUCCUUCGCCGACUCCGGAGAACAAAGAUUUAUUCUUCGUCACCAAAGGUUCCAGUCUGCAGCCGGCGUCAGGCCUGCGCGGCUCUCCAGCGCCCAGCUCCUCCUACUCGGAGCCCAACGACGAGGCGGCGUUUGACCACGCCAACGGGGGCAGGAGGGAGGGGCCAGAGAUGACCAUGGAGAGUCGCAGCCUGUCUCUGGUCGACCUGCAAGACUCCUCCCCCGGCGACGCCCACGACGAGAGCCAAUGGCAGCGCAGGGCGGGGCUCCUGCCUCUGUCCUUCCAGAACCCCGUCUACCACAUGUCGUCGCGGCCGCCCGAGGCCGCGCCCCCCGACGGAGCGGUGACUUCGCAGGGCAACGCCGACGACCGACCCGCGGCGCCCGCCAAGCCGGUCUUCCUCACCCAGAUGUCGGUGGGCGUGGCCGGCGGCGAGCGAGGGGAUCGGAUGUCGGCCAUGUCCAGCAGCAGCAGCGGGGAAGAAUAUUCCAGAAGAGCGCUCUCCGAAACACUUCCAGGUAACUCCGCCCCUCCCCGUCAAAACUCUUCCGGUCCUCAGCGACGCAUCGACCAACCUCCUCCCCCCUCCUCCGCUCCCCCGGGCCCACCUCGGGGACGCACGCCUCCCAGCAUGCUCGGCGGCGGCGGCGGCGGAGGCUCCGCCUACCCUCCUCGCCCCGCCUCCGGCAGCAUGAUGUCAUCGAGUCCCGAUUGGCCGAGCAGCGGACAUUCGCGACUGCGUCAGGCCUCCUCCUCGUCCAAAGGCGACAGUCCUGAGAAACAGCGGCCCGCCACCAAGGCUCCGUCUCCAUGUGCCUUGGAUCGCACCGCCGCCUGGUUACUCAACAUGAACUCCGCCUCGUCCUACGCCGAGACGGAAGACGAGCGUCACGACGACGCCCUCGUUGAAAGGUACCAGCAGGACAUCGCACUGCUGCAGGAGAAACUGCGCGUGGCGGCGCUGCGUCAGGAGGAGUGCGAGUCCCGCCUCCUUGUUCAGGACCAGCAGAACCAGCGUCUGCUGCAGGAAUACCAGGCCCGGCUGGAGGACACAGAGAGUCGACUGAGGAGGAUGCAGGAUGAUAAAGAUCUCCAGAUGAACAGUAUCAUCAGCAGCAGGUUGAUGGCGGUGGAAGAGGAGCUGAAGAAAGAUCAUUCUGACAUGCAGGCGGUGGUGGACUCCAAACAGAAGAUCAUUGAGGCCCAGGAGAAGAGGAUUUCGAGUCUGGACGCUACCAACGGUCGCCUGAUGGCGGCGCUCACUCAGAUGAAGGAGCGUUACGGCGUGACCUCGCAGAGGAACGGUCUGUCGCCUAGCAACACGUCGUCCUUGCAGAUCACGGAGAACGGCGAGUUCCGGAAUUCGGGUAAUUGUUGAGGCGCCGACGACAGGAAGUGCUCGCUCUCUUUGUGCGUUGUCAAGGACGUGUGACCUUUGAACUUUGGUCCUCACCUCGCCGUUUCCCUUUUUGAACGAGACCUUGGACGCUUGACACCAUUUCCUGUUUCCAUGCACGGCUUCCUGCUUUGUGUUGACGUGCAGCAGGAAGCAUGCAAAGCUUCAAAAUAAAAGACACUUUGCUCCAUCAUUGUAAAGUUCCCACAAUCUUAAAUUAUU